GCAAUGUUGAUGGGCCCCAUUGGUACACGACGUUGCGGUAUUAAGGGCGACACACCAAGCCAAUGCUGCAUGUAUAAAUGCCACGGUCCUUGCCUUCGACAAUCUCAAUGGCUCCCCUGCUACCUCUCAUCGAAUACAUCCCGCACACCCGGAUUCAAACAACACCACCUACACACCACACAGCAAUGAAGUCUUGGGCUCUCUAUCUGCUGGCGCUCUGCCCUUUGGCCCUUGCCGGCGAAAUGUGGGAAGUCAAAGAGGGGAUCUGCUUUUUCGACGACGAGAUGCCCCUGCCCUGCGAGCCGGGGUUCUAUUGCGGAGUUGAGGUUGGCAACAAGACGACCCAGCUCAUGAUCUGUCCCGAUGAGUAUCCCGUAAGCAUCUCAUCUCGCGGGCAACAUACGCGAACAUCCGUCAAUGAGGAAAAUAAACGCCUGGUGUGAGCUGACUACUGGGAUUUGCAGUGCAGGCCGGAGCCUGGCCGCGAGACGAGCAAAUGCUGGAUGACGUUUCGGAACGGCCGGAACCAGAGCGUGAAAUGCGACUGAGGGCAACGACGAGAGAACGAACAGGCCGCGCGGGGUGUGUGUGGUUCAACAUCAUCGAUGCAAGCUGGUGCAGCAGGUCUUCCUGCGAUCAAGAGGGGCCGGUGGCCGCGGCCAGUUUUUGCUGAGCAGGAUCAUGAGUUCCGGGUCAGGCACUUCAACAGUCGCUGUGGCGUUGAUGGACGCCGUUGCAGAACGGCUUGUUCUUGUUUCGACUCUCCAGAGAAUACAUCUUUGUACUUGCG